AUGUCGAUGCCAAUGCCCGGCCCCAUGCAGAUGGGCCCCAACGGGCAGCCCAUGCCCUCGCCUGAGCAGAUCGCGGCAAUGCGCAGACAAAUAGAGGCCGAUGCCGCGAAGGCUGGCAUGAGUGUACCGGAUUUCCUCAACCAUCUCCGACAGCAAGCUAUGCAGCAGCAGCAAGCGGCGCGACUCGCCCAGCAGCAGCAGGGCGGCGAGGGUGGCGGAGAGGGCGAGCAUGAUCACGACCACGAUCAUGGCCCUGGUCACCAGCACCCUCACCAGCACCCGCAGCAGCAGCAGCAAGCCCAGGGCCAGCCUCAGCCCAUCAGGCCUGGUCCCCCUAACCCCGUUGCGCUAGCCCUCGCCACCUUUUUGCGCAGCCAGGAUCUGAAGCCCCGUACUUGUAUUCUCAACGGCGAGCGCAAGGACAUGUUCAAGGUCAAGCGAGCACUUCGCGCUCUGCAGUCCCCCGCCUACGAGAAGGCGCGCAAGAAGAACCCCGCGCUUCCCGAGAUCACCGACCGCGCCUCUUUGGAGAACACCUUCAAGCUACUACCCAUGUCAAUGCUUGCGCUGCGCGUGACUAAGUCCGACCCGCACGAAGGCCACGACCACGGACCGAAGAAGACGAAGCGCAUCAAGGGUCUUUGGACCGUCCGCAUCGAGCCUCAGCAAGAGGCCAAGGAGGAGAUGUACUACGCGUGGUUCUGGGAGGGCAGCCAAGUGAAGCGCAAGCUUUACUCGAUUCUCGCCCUCAUCCUGAUCUUCAUCGUUGUCUGCUAUCCUCUCUGGCCUCUUAAGCUCCGACUCGGCGUGUACUACCUCAGUUGGGGAUUCCUCGGCCUGCUCGGCCUGUUUUUCCUCAUGGCCAUCUUCCGUGUCAUCCUGUUCUGUGUCACCUACUUCGUUGCGUCUCCCGGCCUCUGGCUAUUCCCCAACCUCUGGGAGGACGUUUCAUUCGUCGACAGCUUCAAGCCCGUCUGGGCCUGGCAUGACACUGCUCCGAAGAAGGGCAAGAAGAAGAAGUCGGCGUCCUCUGGUGCAGCGAACGCCAGUGGCACAUUCGCUGCUUCUACCGGUCAACCUCUCCCGGCUUCCGCGACCACGACCGCCACGGAGACUCAGAUUGCGUCGGAGCCCUCGCAACGUGCUGGCUAUGUCGCGCCAGCUGUGGAAGAGCUGGGUGAUGACGAGGAGUAA